CCUACAAUAAAAUAGCUCGUCUUCACAUGACGGAAGCGCUUUCUUUAGCAGCGCUCGUACAAAAAUGCACUUCCGUUGCAUCAUUGAAGGCGGCGCGUCAGCUCCACGGUCUAAUUCUAACCUCCAUAGCCACCGCGUCGUCUCUGUCUCCUUACGUUUGCAACAACAUCUUAUCCAUGUACGCACGAUGCGGUGCAAUUUGGGAGUCACAGCAAGUGUUCGACAAAAUGCCGCAAAGAAAUCUCGUUUCGUUUAAUGCUCUAAUCGCGGCUUAUUCUCGGUCUCACGAUCGUGCUCCUUCAGCUUUCAACCUGCUUGCGAAAAUGGAGCUUGAAUUUCUCAGACCCAAUGGUUCCACUCUAACGAGCUUGUUGCAGGCAGCUUAUUCCAUUGAAGAUCGAUUUUGGGGCUCUUUGAUUCAUACGCAAGUAGUGAAACGUGGAUUCGUUAAUGAUGUUCGUGUUCAAACCGCGUUAAUUGGGACUUACUCACAUUGCUCGGAUUUGGAAUCUGCUGGAAAAGUUUUCCGGUGGACGAUAGAUAAGGACGUAGUAGCUUGGAAUUCCAUGAUUUUUGGAAAUUUGAAGCACGAUAAAUUAAACGAGGCACUUCAUUUGUUCAAUGAAAUGCUGGGAAUUGGUUUGAUUCCUACUCAAUUCACCUAUGCAAUGAUUUUGAAUAUAUGUUGUAGAAAUGGAGACUACCUAUUUGGUCGGCUCAUCCAUGGCCGUAUGAUCACUUCAAACGCCAUUACCGAUAGAACUCUGCAAAACGUUCUGUUGGAUUUGUACUGCAGUUGUGGGGAUACCCAUACAGGGUUUUGCAUCUUUAACAGAAUUGAAAACCCGGAUUUGAUUACUUGGAACACAAUCAUCUCAGGAUGUUCUCAAAAUGAAGAAGAAGAAGAUAAGGCCAUGAAACUAUUUCAACAAUUGCAGAAAUCAUCACUUCCCAAACCAGAUGAUUAUACAUAUGCAGCUGUAAUUUCCACCAUUGACAACCUUUUGAGUGGAAUGUCUUUUCUUGCUCAAGUUAUAAAGGAUGGAUUUGAGAGCAGUGUCUUUGUAAGCAGUGUCAUUGUGUCCAUGUUCUUUAGAAAUGGUGAAUCUCAAGCUGCUGAGAGGGUUUUUGUGUCUGUUGCAGAGAAGGAUGUUGUUCUAUGGACAGAAAUGAUCAGUGGGUAUUCAAGAAUUGGUGAAGGGGAAAAUGCAAUCAAAUGCUUUCAUCAAAUGCAUCAGAAUGGCCAUGAGCUUGACAGUUUUUCAAUCAGUUUGGCUUUGAGUUCAUGUGCUGAUCUUGCCACUUUAAAACAGGGGGAGAUUUUUCAUUCUCUAGCCAUAAAAACAGGGUGUGAAGCUGAAAUCUAUGUCUUAGGGAGUCUAAUCAACAUGUAUGCUAAAAAUGGUGAUUUGGGUUCUGCUAAAUUGAUAUUUUCUCAAGUCCCAUGUCCAGAUUUGAAGUGUUGGAACUCCAUGCUUGGUGGGUACAGCCACCAUGGGCAAAUGGAACAGGCAUUGAAGCUCUUCUUUGAGCUUCAAAACCACGGUGUCAAGCCAGAUCAAAUAACAUUUCUUUCCUUAUUUUCUGCUUGUAACCACAGCAACUCUGUUGAAAUAGGGCAGUUUUUAUGGAACUAUAUGAAAGAAAGUAAUAUUAUACCAAAUUCUAAGCACUAUUCUUGUAUGGUAAGCCUGUUAAGUGGAGCUGGGUUAAUUGAUGAAGCAGAGGAAAUGAUUACCAAAUCACCAUUUGCAAAUAAUGAUCCAGAGCUAUGGAGAACUCUGUUAAGUUCAUGUGUUCUUAAGAGAAACCUCAGAGUUGGAGCUAAUGCAGCAAAACAAGUGUUGAGAUUAGAUUCAGAAGACAGUGCAGCACAUAUUUUGCUAUCAAAUCUGUAUGCUGCAGUAGGAAAAUGGGAUGGUGUUGUAGAGAUGAGGAGAAGAAUAAGAGAGACAAUUGUGGGAAAGGAUCCUGGUCUAAGUUGGAUUGAGGCCAAAACACAUAUUCAAGCAUUUUCUUCUGGUUUGCGGUCACAUCCAGAGGUUGAUGAAGCACUGCUUAGGCUGAGAGGAAACAUGAGUGAAGAAAUGGAUGAAUCAAGUGGAAUAGGGAGGUAAAGACUAAUUAAGGGCAUUUCAGAGAUUGAAAUUUAUUCAGCUUGAAGUUAAGAAUUAGGGUCACAUAAUGGCACAAAUACAAUUUUGAUAUGGUUUGGGAUUGGGUUCUUCUGGCCCCUGUAAUUAAAAGUUUGACAUUCAGGUAGUUUUUGUCAAAUUAGUUGAUCCAACAGUUGCAUGGUGAGAGAUGAGAUCAUUUGGUGGAUCGUAGAUGGGUGUUUUCUUUUUAAUUAUAAUAGGAGUAGGAAUUUCAAACGACAAAUCUAUUAGCCAUUAACAUAUAAUAUAUGUCAGUUGAGUUAUACUCGUUUUAGCGAUAUGUGUAUCGAUAUUAUCUUUAUUAUAUUA